AUGGACGACGGCUUCUGCUUCGACGUGCAGAUGCUGGCCACGAUGACCGCUGUGGUCUUCGGCGGCGCGGGGUACCUCGGCUACCUGCUCUCCCUGGGGCGGCGCCUCGCCCCUCUCCCCUGCGCGCUCCACCGGUGCCCGCGCUGCGUCGCGUGGCUGCUGCGGCUCCCGUUGCGGUGCCUCCGCAGCGGCGUCCGGCUGCUCCGCCUCCCGCUGAGGCACGCGCACGCCAGGCUGCGGCGGUGCCCGACCACCGCUGCCGGCGGCCACGGCCGUGGCGACGCUGGACCCUUGCCCCAGUUUGGCGCCAAGAAAUGGCAGGGCAUGGCCGUUCUUGCGCGGGAGCCGCCGGUACUGCGGGGCGGGGCGCGGGCGGCUGCCGCCGAUGACAUCCCGACGUACAAGGAGCGUGACGGCGCGCGACCGGACGGUGCGUCGCCGGAGGAGUGCUCCGUGUGCCUGUGCGAGGUGGAGAAGGGGAAGAUGGCGAAGCGGCUGCCGGUGUGCCUGCACGUGUUCCACCAGGAGUGCAUCGACCUUUGGCUCAGGGACAACUCGACGUGCCCGGUGUGCCGGUGCGACGUCUUCGCGCAGCUGCCGGCGCAAAUGGCGUGA